AUGUACUGUCGCCCUUUUCUCAAGAAAAAUAUCCUGGGCCACUCCUCUUCCUCAGCUGCUGUCAUUUCCAAGCUUACGCAUGCUGCCUCUAUAGGCGAAACCGAAUGGUCUCGUAAUGGUCGAUUCACGGGUAUUACUGACCUUCCCCUUCUCCCCGAAGGUGAAGAGAAAGUCCGCCAAACGGCCUCCGUGGUAUUCGGUCCCGGACGCUUAAUAGACCCCAGCAAAAUCGCCUACAUCGCCUGCAGCCCGAGACAACGUGCGUUACGGACCCUUGGACUCCUCAUGGACCAGAUCCAAGAACCAAGCGCACACGCUUCGCUUGCAGAGAAGAUCCACAAAACCGAAGACAUCGCAGAAUGGGGCUACGGCGACUACGAAGGCCUCCUGGUGCACCAGAUCCAAGAACUCCGCAAAUCUCGAGGCUUGGACAAGGACCGGUCCUGGGACAUCUGGCGGGACGGCUGCGAGGGACCUGGAGGCGACACGCCGGCCCAAGUCACGGAGCGACUCGACCGGCUGAUCUCGCAGAUAACGUCGAUCCACAGGCAAGGAUUGCAGGAUGGGGAUCGGAAAUGCGAUGCGGUGGUGGUCGCGCACGGCCACAUCCUACGAGCUUUUGUGAAAAGGUGGCUGGGCCUGGAGAUGGCCACAAAGGUGGAAAUGAUGCUGGAGCCUGGGGGCGUCUGCGGGUUGAGUUAUGCUCACGGAGAUGUCGAAUGCCGGGCGGUGCUUGUGGGCAUGAGUUUCCCGGGCUCUGCAUGA